CCCCUUUGCCUCUCCCAGAGAAAGCUCAGCGUAGACACCUAACCCUCCACCAGCCAGCAGGAAAUACAGAAAGACCGGCGGUGCUGCGCCCACACGGAACCAUAUAGCUGUCUACCAGCCGCAGCAAGACCUACAUCAGGGAGGCGUUGAACCCAACAACCACCAAAAAUGACCGGUGGUGACAUUGAACAUGCUGUACCCCCACCCCCUCCAUCUAUGGUUCUGGAACCACCUAAACCAGAAGUCAAGGCAGCCACCCGUGUGAGCGGUGGCCCAGCCACACCACGCAAAGGCCCACCCAGGUUCAAACAGAGGCAAACUCGGCAGUUCAAGAGCAAGCCCCCAAAGAAAGGUGUCCAGGGCUUUGGAGAUGAUAUUCCUGGAAUGGAAGGUUUAGGCACUGACAUCACUGUCAUCUGCCCUUGGGAGGCCUUCAACCACCUGGAGCUGCACGAGCUGGCCCAGUACGGCAUCAUCUGAACCCUCCAUCUUCCCAUCAUCCUCUGUACCGUUUAGACCCUCCUCCAAACCAACUGCCUCCACCCUGGCCAUGGGCUCCAGUGGGACCAUUCAUACUUACACCUUAUCACACAAACAUUCAAUAAAAAAGCAACAUUCACAAAAAUGGAAAAAUCUAAGAAAAAUUGUUAAUUAAAAAAAAAAAAACCUAACAAACCCAUCCACCCUGUCUAUCUGCCCUCUCCGGUUUCUUUCUUUCCCGCAGCCAAGGUACACACAUUCUUUCUGCUCAUACUGUAGGCCAAAACGCAGGGCUGUGUUUGACUCACUGUCCAGACAGAUCGUGCUCCGUUGUCGUUUUAGAGGUAUCGCCGAAAGAGUCCCAUCUUGACCCCCUUUUCCCUUUCUAUUUCUUCUUUCUUUUCUAUAUCACCCUUUCUUUCGGAACAGAACUUGAAACUUACGCAAGCAAGACAGCCUCAGAGUGAGUAUAAGUGACACGCCCGUGAAACGAUCAGCUUCUCGUUUCACGUGCCUCGGCCUCCUCCGCCACCAUCUCGGAGGUUUGUCCACCUUUGCCGAGUUUUAAAAAAAAAGAUCGUAGUCCUGUAGAGAUGGGAUGCCUGCUGACCGACGCUGAACACAAAAAUCUACUAGGAAACUUACCCCCCCCCCCCAAAUAAGAAUAAAAUAAAAACAUUUGCAUCAUAAAACUUAUUGGUAAAUCAUAGAAAUUAACUUUCUGACUUCCAUUGUUAUCUAACCAACCUCUCUCUUCCUUUCCUUUAUCUUUUUACUAGUGCUAUUAUGUAUUAACCUCAUACACUCAGGGAUUUGUAAAAUGUUUUGAAAGUAAGGACUUCUCGAAAACUUUGUCAUCUUUUUUGGUCACUUUCUCGGCUGCUCUUGCAUGCUUGCUAAAAAAAAAAAACACUGUCCACUACCUUUGGCUAGUAGACUGGAAACCAUGGAGGAGAGGGGCUACAUUUUUAUAGGACACAAAAAUAGAGACAUAGAAAGUAAGGUACCCUGAGAUGUGGUCAAAGACACUGUUAUGUGUUGUUUGGUAAGUGGUCUUGGGUGGCUGUGAUUGGGAAACAGUGCUAGACUGCCUUGUCUUUACCUGCAUGCUUGUUUUAAUACAUAGUUAUUCAUCAGCUCCUCUUCAUCAUCACCAUCAUCAUCACUCUUUCUUUCUGUGUCCACCUGUAGUUUCACUCUAUUCUCUGUACAUCUCCACUGUGCUCUAUCAGUAUUUUAAUUGUAUUGAAAUCUUGUUGAUUAUCUUUGCAUGUUUUAUUUUUACAUUUCAUUGUAAGUUUAUCAUGAAUUAAUUUCUAUGUGGAGCUUAAACUGAAUUGCAUGUUCUAUCCAUAGAUUUUCUUUUUCAAGUUUUGACCUUACGUCGUCCAUUGUGUGCUGGCAUUGUGCGGCGUGUGCAUUUGUCUUACCGUGUUUAUUUGUUACAUGUACAACUCUUCCCCCCAUUUUCAUCUUCUGUAUGACCCUUUUGUGGUUAACCAUUAUCCUGCGUUUAAUACAUUUAAUCUAGACACAUUCCUUUAUUUGGAUAGUAUACAGUGCUAAACCUCUGUGUGUACCCUCACUGUGAUGUCUGCAGUGAGAGAACACAGCAUGUUUGCACAAGCAUGAAUAUUUAUCAGUCAACUUUCAUCCCAUGUCCUCCUGAAACCUCUUCCUCUGGAUGACGUAAAGGUUGUUUGGGAGUUUUUGCCACAUUGUCCUCCCUGGAUCUGGUGGUAUGUUUGCAGAAAGAGAUCAGCUGGUUUACCCAUUCACUAUGCUUGAGACAGAUCAAUCCAUUGGACACCGUGACUGUCUGUAAUCAGUGACUGAAGUGAAGGUGUUUCUUCUCUACAGGAUGAGAUCAAAAUAAAGCUGGAAAAAAGUGUAAAAGAAUAGAUAGUGUGUUCAUUGCAAAAGACUUUAAAUCUACACUUCCCUUUUCACUUCAAAAACUAUGCUAAAUAAUUUCAAUAAAUCUAUGUAAUUUGA